AUGAGCGACUCAAAGAGCAGGGAAAAUGUUUUCAAAAAGAAUGUACUUCGGCGUCUGUAUGGGGACCACGAAGAAACUGAAACUUUGACAGAAAGGGAACAAGAUACCUCAGCACCUGUCGCUGACAGGAUAUGCGUCACUGCAAAUUACACAUGUCCUGUCAUACCACAGAAAAAAGUUUACACAGUGACUCCUAAACCACUUGGUGUUCUUUCGGACAAAAAGUCUUCUCUGCCUGUUGAACUUGAGGGACCAGAGUUUGUUGAAGAAGAGGAUUACAGUGAGUCAGAGGAAGAGGAAGAAGUUAAAAGGAGAAGAAGAAGAAAAAGAAAACAACAACAUAUUGACCAAACAGAAGGGCAGAGACAAAAAACAGAAAGUGUUGGAGUCUCAAAUCAAAUACUCACAAAAAAUCAAAAGAGAAAAUUGAAGAAAAAGAAAAGGAAAGAGAGAGAGAAACUAAGUCCAGGAGAAAACAAGAAGGGGUUUACAUAUUCUAUAGACACCAGUGAGGAUGUCACCAAAGGACAGAACAACUGUCAGAGAGAAGAGCUGUGUAACAAGUUACCAAAACUGGUGGAGUUUGUCAGGGCUGUGUGGGAAGUGUACAAUCAAGAUGUGAAGGACUCAAAACACCAUGAAGAAAACUUUGCCAAACUGUUAAAUCAGAUGGCCUCCAUAUCUGAUACAGAGGAUGAAACUGUUCUAAGUGAAUUUAACAAUCUGUGGCAUGUGAAAACUCUGCUUAUUCUUGCUGACCAUCCUAGGGCUGAAGAAAAAAUCAAACAUUUAGAAAACACCAUAACAGUAACAGUUGACAAAGAGUCCCUGGAAUUAUUAUGCAUUCUACUGAGGUACUGGAUAACUGACAUUGCAAAUCAGACGUGAUGAGUUGUAAAUAAGAGAUGAUGGGUCCAAAACAGUUGCUGUUGAUCGCAGACAAAAACCAUGUUCUUGGGAGACGUGAAAUUUCUAAGAACUGUUUGUUCAAGUUGCUGUCAAUUACAUACCAAAACAGUGUUCUUUGGAGACAUGUCAAACAGUUUUAUAUUUCUUAUUAAGAUGAGUAAAAAAUAUGGGACCUUCGAUUAUUUGUGUAGCAUUGAGCCAAGACACAAGACUGCCAAACAGGUCUAACACAUGCAAUAGUUCAUACUUCAUUUAGGAUAGUGGUAAAAAACGAGAUACAUUUGAUUGUCCAUUGUUAAUGUCCGUUUGUUUGUAUUAAAGGAGAUCUGACAAUCCACAGACAUGCACCUAAAGGUCCAUGCCAAUGUUAGAAAUCCCAAAAGGGGUUACAACUGAUAACUGUAUGUCAGCCAGUCUUUUCUCAUCAGAUGUCUUUAUAAUACAGAAUAAAGACCAUAACAAUUUUGAA